AUGAAGCGGCUUGUAUCUCCGUCCACGGGACCUCCGAGUUCGAAACGGGCACGGAUGGGAUCACCGGCCAGCGAUGAUAGCGGCAAGACCGGAACAGCAGACUGGCCCGCCAAAGAGGAGGAGAUGGAAGCGGCAAGACACUUUAUCCUUGAUUGUGCGACUGCGAAAACCGAAACGCUCAUCGCUCCUGACAAGGACGCGGAUGGACUCGCAUCUGGCUCAAUCCUCCAACAGACUCUCGUCCUGCUUGGCCUGCCCUUGAGUCUUAUCACCACUCAUCUCGUCCAAAGAGGGAAUAACAUACACGACCCUUCGGAACGCACAGCCAUGGCAGAGUUGUCUCCCUCCUACGUCUUCGUCCUGGACCAAGGCUCCCGGCGGUCCUUGCCUGUUGUCGAUAUCCCGAGCCACAGAGCCCUCAUCAUCGAUCAUCACCAGGCUGCCGAGGAUGAGUUCUCGUCUGCUUCUCAGCACGUCACUGCCUGCAAUCCCCCCCCUGUAGCUACAUCCGCCCUCCUAACCUACCUCAUAUGCCGUCCUCUCCACCCUGCCAUUGACGAGCAGUGCGCCUGGUUGGCCGUUCUUGGGACGCACGGCGAUUUAGGCACAAAUUUCAAGUGGCAGCCACCCUUUCCAGAUAUGGGUGAAGUUCUGAAGCGGUACACGCGCAAGAAGCUCAACGACUCCGUUUCCCUCAUCAACGCACCGCAGCGCACGGCCGCAUACAACGUCCCUGUCGCAUGGGAUGCACUUACACAGGCCAUUGGCCCGGCAGAUCUGCUCAUUAACAAGGCGCUCUUGGCGGCGAGGGCAGAGGUUAACGCCGAAGUGGAACGGUGCACACACGUCCCGCCAAAGUUUUCGAGUGACGGACGCGUGGCGGUCUUGAGGAUGAAGAGCAAGGCACAGGUGCACCCGGUCAUCGCGACGAGGUGGGCGGAACACUUGAAGAGUGCUAAGCUUGAGGUGGUGAUGGCUGCUAAUGAGGGGUAUCUGGAAGGCAAAGUGAACUUUUCCUGA